CUGUCACCUUUCGCAAUGGAGUGUUGGACGUGUCCGUAAUAACAAAAAAUACUUUUUAUUUACUUGUAAUGCUGUCACCACUUUAACAGUAAUUCCAAAUACCAUUUACGAUUAUGUUAAGUUCGUGUGGAGGUUUGUUUAGUUCAAAUUCGCUGCCGAAACAUGGAAGAGGAACUUAACGAGCAUGAUUUGGAGGAAAGACUGUAUGCUAUGCUACAUCAUGUGGACGAGACGGAGGGUAACUUAACAGCGAGCCACAGCGAUGGGUUGAACAUUGUGGAGAGCGCGCCCAGAAGCACCGUGCGGCGCUACUGGCGCACCAGCGAACCCACUUCUCCGUAUCAAAAGGUGAACGUACAGAAGGAACCCGCCGCGCCAUCACUCAACAGCAACAAGCCUGACAACAACAUUACCCAAACUAACCAAACACCAAAGCCCAAAGAAGAAAAACGUGAUUCUCCUAGCAAACUUCCCGCUGUCGAUCUAUCUAUUUUCCAGUCUCCUGUACCACAAAAUAUUAAGAAAACUAUUGAAAUUAUUGAACAGGAUGAAGACAGAACUGUUUUACUUGAUUCUAGUGAUGAGGAUGAGGUAAUAGAAGUGGCACUGCCUCCCAAACCUACCAUUACUAUUGAGAGCUCUGAUGAAGAUGAACUGCACAUUAUUAACCCUGUAUCUCCAACUAAGCCACAAGUUAAUGUGGAAAAAACAACAACUAGUGCAGGACGAGAUGUUACCGCCAGUCCCGCACCCUCAGGGGUAUCUUCAGUUUCUGAUGAAUUCAUGCGUGGUGAUUGUAUAGCUUUGAAUAUAUCUUCCCGACACCAAGACAAUCCCAGCUUUGAUUUCAGUCUGCAUGGAUCUGACCUUCUUGUUCAAAGUACUCCUUCAAAAAAAAAGAAAAAGAAGAAAACCAAGGAAGCAGUGACCUCUACACCAGUUGUUGCUGCUACCCCCGAGAAGGCUACACCCAACGAUGAAUGUUUUGCUACACCUAAAAGUAAAGCCAAGAAUAAAAAGCAGAAAACUAAAUUGUAUGCAGUUACCGAGAAAAGUAUUCCUAGUGCCGAUGUGUAUGACUCUGACAGCAACCAGUCUAUUGACACAAAUAAGAACCGAAACUCAUACAUAGUUACAGAUAAAAGUUUUCCCAGCACUGAUGUUUACGAAUCUGAUUCAAAUCUGUCUGAAUGCGCAAAGGAGGCACCAAAGAGGGCACAGAAUAAUGACAUAGAGAGUUCAGACAGCAGCGUGUCCCUGGAUAAAGUGAGUGAACCACCUUCUAAAGUCUCGAAAAGAAAUGAAUCUAGCCAUGCUAACGAGACCGAAACCACAAUUGUUGACCUGACAGAGAAUGAAAGUUUUGUGAAUCUUGACGAAUCUGACAUCCAGGAAAACAUUGUUAUGGGUAAUGUGUCCGGAUUCACUGAGUAUGAGGACUACGGAGAUGAAAACGUGCCCGACAACAAUAUUUCUAAGUUUGGCUCAACGAACAUACCUUCGAUAUUGAACGAGAACCUUGACUUCGACAACUUGAAAGGCAAAGACAAGGUUUGUAAAAGGCGAAGAUACUCUCUGACAACUCUUCGUGCUGAAAUGGAAAAAUUCUACAAUGAGAGCUGGGGCGGAGAGAACUUUAACCACAGGGAGAUACAGAAAAGCAUGUCACGUGAUAAGAGCCUGUGGGUGAUUGAUCCUAAGGAUAGAAUGCCGCCGCUAGCCAAAAGAAAAGUCACGUGCAACUACUGCAACCGUGCGGGCCACCGCGAUGACACGUGUCGCCUCAAGCCGGCCGUCUGCUACAUGUGCGGCUCCACCGGGCACUACGAGCCGCGCUGUCCCAGGAAGAUCUGUGUCAAUUGCGGCUCGCCCAACCAGAUGUACUCGACGAUGUGCCGCAACUGCUGCAACUGGGGCUCCGUGCGCUGCGGCGAGUGCGGCCAGGCCGGACACCCCCACACGCACUGCCCCGACCUCUGGCGCCGGUAUCAUAACACUAUUGACAUGACCUCAACACUAGAACGCUGCAACCAAAACAAGAAGCAUCAACAACUGUACUGCAGCGGCUGCACUCGGCGUGGCCAUCUUGUGCACACGUGUCGCGUCACCCUGCCCUUCUCCGGCCUGCCCAUCAACUCGCCCUACGUCUGCAUCUACCGACCUCUGUACCAGCCCAACGCAGACAAACAAACAGGACAGCAAAACAGCCCCCCACCAACCACACCUCUCAGAAUCGAACGCAAUAAACGCCAGUCCAAGUCACCUACAGCUCACGAAACUCAUGUCAAUAAGAAAAGAAAUCUCUCCACCUGCGAGGAUAGUGAACGACGUAACACUAAAAGCCCAGGACCGCAACGAAAAACUUCUAUCAGUAAAGAAGCUGAAGAAAGCAAUAAAAAUCAAGCUAAAACUACGCAGGAGAAUAAAACACAGGCUGGACAAGAAAAAGCACCUAACUUCAUCCCCAUCUGCUCAGCAAACCAUGACAAAAAGGGUAACAUUAUACAAGAUAAUGAAGUAUCUGAUACAAGUGAUAUUGUCACUUCUGCCAGGAUUUACAUCACCAACGAUGUUAUUGAGAAACUCAAAUCUGAUGAGGGCAAGGCCUGGCUGAAAGAAAUCACAGAGAAACACAGUGUUGAAGUGGAAAACGCAGAAAUAAACUCGUUUUUGAGUAUUAAGGGCAAGCUUGGAGAUCAAGAGGCUUUCCAUGCGGAACUAAGAGAUUGGUACAAGCCAGCUGACAGUGCAAAACCAAGCAACGAUGGCGAUACCAAAACCGAAAACAAAUGCGAUAAUGCUUGGAGCGCCCUGCCUAAAAAUAGAAACAGUUUGUUGAAACAACUCGACAAAGCUCUCAACUCAUUGAAACAGGACAUAGGAGACCCCAACGCGCUCUACAAGGAGUUGACAUACCUGCAGAAUCGUCACCAACAACUGCUUAAACAGAAAGUUAUUAGUCCUAAGACAUUACAUAACAACCGCGGAAACAUUAAUCAAAUGCUCAAGAAGCUAAACAUGGUACUUAUCGGACAGGCUGGACUUGCCGACGGGUCCGCACACCUCAAUGAACUGUACUCCUUCCAGGAGAAACUCAUGAAUUUGCGACAGAAAACUAUAUCCAAUGACUUACGAAAGGAGAUCGGACAACAUUACUCGCUUAUAUUCUCCGCGCUCCCCAGAGACGACUACUCAGACUUACUGAAGAUGUACCACAACAAUGUGAAACAACCCUCAAUGAUGAAAAAGCAGAAGAAGAAGUUGAAACUCAACCCUAAACUGAACAGAUUGAAGAUAAAAGUAAACAGCAUUCCAACACAAUCAAUACAAAACGGCAUUAAGGAGAAACGCGAGAAGCGAGAGGAGGGUUCUGUGGCCUGCAGCGAUCCGCACAUGAUACAGAAGCUGGCGUUCUACCACAAGCGGCUCGUCAGCUCGCGGCCGGCCGGCGCCGCGCUCAAGAAGACGCGCGGCGAGCUCGUGCGGAGGCUGCACUCCUCCAUCGCCUCACUAUACAGGAAAGAGAAAAUGUCUUCUAAAAACAAGAAGAAGGUCAAAAAGCUGCAAGAACAGGCGCAGUUGUUCUUGUCUAAUGUAUAAAAUAUAAUUUAGGAGAUAAAGAUUUUAUGUUGGCGCCAAUCAGAGGCGUGCUCGGCAAGAGACGAGCCGGCAUGUACCCGUGGUCCACGUGGGAUCACUUUUAUGUUCGUCUUAAUUGCCGGUUUGGUGUAAUGCACUAUAUCGUG